GAUUUGGAAAAUUAAAUCCUAAAAACCAUGCCGGGGUAGAUACUUUUGCUACAACGACUGAAGGAAUAUUCCGUCUAAGUGGAUCAGCUAAAAGGAUAAAGGAAUUGCAAACGAUUUUUGAUUCUCCACCGGUUUAUGGAAAAACUUUAACCUGGGUUGGAUAUUCUGUACAUGAUGCAGCAAAUGUACUAAGAAGGUAUCUAAACCAUUUGCCAGACAAAGUUAUUCCACUUGUUUGGUAUGAUAAGUUUCGGGCUGUACAUG